AAAAGUACUGGAGCAGGACUGAAUUUAGUCUAUGUUCAAAAACGCGGGUGCCACCCUGCUAAUCACUGUUCGGACACCUUCCGACGAGAGGAUUUUGACAUAAUCGGCCAAUAUCUUUUACAACACAAUAGCUUUACUGAUCUUUACUUUUUGCAACGGAAAAAAAAAGAUGUUAUAGGCGGCGUGGCGUGAUGGGCUUAUUUGGGUAGAUUCUGAUUUUUUUUUUUUUUUUUUGGGCGUAGGCGAUAUGUGUAUAAUUCAAUUUAAAUACAUAACUCUAAAAGAAAUCAUAGAUCAAGAAAAAAGAGAGAGAGAAAUUUAGGAAAAAAAAAAAAAAACCCUCGGCCUAUCGAUGAAAGAGUUAGGUUUGGAUCUGGAGGAAGAAGUUCUUCUUCGACUGCCGCUGAAAUCCAUCCUCAAAUUCAAAAGCGUCUCAAAACAGUGGAGAUCAUUACUUGAGUCGAGGAGCUUCUCGGAGAGGAGGAGGCAUAUCACUAUCCAAAAAAAUCAAAAGAAGAUGCAAUUCGUGUCCGCUGGCGCUUUGCUCUUAAACUAUCCAAAAGGUUCCUUAGUGGACGACGACGAAGAGGUCGAGAUGAUCUAUCUAGACUGUGAUUUCCCCAAAUCACUAUCGUCGAAGGAGCGCAAAGGGCUCUAUAUGUACAGUGAUUUCUCCAGACGACCGUCGCUGUCCUGUGACGGUCUGGUUUGCAUGCCCGUGCCAGGCUGGAUCAACGUUUUGAAUCCUUCCACCGGAGAGUUCCUUAGAUUCCCUUCCGGCAGAGAUCCAAAGAUGACCGACGUCCUCGUAGAUGGAUCCAGAAGGGGUUUUGAAGUGUUUCCUGGAUACUGGAGGGUGGGAUUCGGUAGGGACAUAGUUAAUGGGAAUUAUAAGGUAGUGAGGAUGUGCUUCCAGCGUAACUAUAGUUACUGCGAGAUUCUUGAUAUAAACAUUGGGGUAUGGAGGAAGCUGAAGCGUAAGCCUCUUUUCUAUGUGGGAGAGAGACUCAAGUCGGCGUUUGUGAAUGGAUCCAUCUACUGGUUAGAAGUAGAUUGUUAUUACCAUACUCAAAAGAUACUUGCUUUGGAUCUACACACGGAAAAGUUUCGUAGCGUAAAGACACCGCCUCUGUUCUGCAAGUCAGGGCAGAUAGCUAACCUCGAAGACCGUCUAGUCGUAGCCGCAAAGGAUAUUGGGAAUCCUGACUUUGUUUUUAGCAUAUGGAGCAUGGAUGCACAAGAAGAAACAUGGAGCAUCACUUACUCCUUUCCUCUAUCCUCUUACGUAUCUAGAUGUAGUGACUGGUGGCAUUGGUGCAUGCCACUGGCGGUUUCCAAGCGAGGUAAUCUCUACUUUUACGAUAAUGAGAAGAAGUUGCAUAAAUACUGUUCGGAUACAGGCUUAGUCCGCGGCGUAACUUUUGGCUGCAUUGUAGCUCCUUUUGUCGAAAAUUUACUCCCGAUUCGAGGUUCAGCUUCUUCUGGACAGGAGAUUAGGACAUUUGGAUUUCGGAAUCUAGACAAGCCCGACACUUCCAGUUGUUUUAGACAAAUCAAAUUGUCAGUCUCGGAUGUUUUGCGAGAGGAAUGGCCUAGUAUCAGCAUAACUGUUGUGGCUGUUGUGGCCCUUUUAGUCUUUCUCAAGUGAUUUGUAGUUCUUUUUUGUAAAACUGUUUCUAUUGACAUUUAGAGGCUUGCAUCUAGGGAUGUUAUGUAGGGUUUUUUAAUGCUAAAAGCUGCGUCCAUUGCAAUGUUAAGAGUUUUGCCUAAAUGGUUCCGAGGAGCUGUUCUGGG